AUGUCAGAGAUUAUAGUUAUGAUAAGGUCGGAGGUUGGAAUGAAUAGAGUCUCUAUUCUUUCUACUCAAACAUUUUAAGAAUUUGUAAACAAAAUUAGUCAAAUUUUGAAUAAACCUCCUGAAUCAUUAACAUUAUCUUUAGAUGGAGUGGUGUUAACUUUGAGAAUAUCUCCCACUACGCCAAUCAAAAACAUUUCCAAAUUUGAGAAUGGAGCCUUCAUCAAUGUCUCCGUUGACCAAAAGAAAGUUCAAUAAAAACCAUAACAAAUUUAAACUCCUGAACAACCAAAAGUGUAUAUGGCAUUUGGAAAAGAAGCAAAUCCUUAAUAGAUUUAACAGGUUGACCAUAAAAUCCACGAAAACAAAGACCAUGCAUUGAGUUAAUUUUGCCAACAUGGUCCACAAGCAAAAUGUAUUAACUGUUUAUCUACAACAUCAACCAAGGUAGAACAGCAGGAGAAAACAGAGAUUAAUAAAUGCAAGCACGGAGAGGGGGGUCGUUGUUUGAAUUGUGCACCUUAUGAAUAGGAGAAGAAGAAUACUAAAACAGCCAAUAAGAUCCUCUGUCAACAUGGGCCCAAUGGAAAGUGUCCACAUUGCAUAGACGAGGGACAAAUAGAGGCCAAACAUCUUUCAUUUGAUCAAUAUUUGCAUGAUAUGAAAUUCAAAUGUCGUGGAUAACACCCAGACAAUGGGAGAUGUAACAACUGUCUUCCCCCAACUAUGAUAUCUUAUAAACUCAAGAAAGAUUGCAAAAAUCAUGCUCCGUAUCCUAAGGCCAUGUGCAAUAACUGUCUUCCACCAUCCAUCUUGUUAAAGAGACAAAUUUACAGACAUGUUGAUUAUGUUGAGUUCCUGAACAUCCCAGAAAUGUCGAAUUUAGUGCAAUAUUGGACUAGCAAAGGAAAAACAGAAUAGAGAAUGGGAUUCUUAUACGGAUAUUACGCUGCAGACCCUAAUUAUCAAAACGGUGUCAGAGCCAUAGUCGAAGCUAUAUAUGAACCUCCUCAAAAAGGAACAUUUGGUCAUGUUGAUUUGUUGUAAGAUCCUGCUUAAACUCAUGCUGAUGAAAUAGCAACUAACUUGGGAAUGGAGAAAAUAGGUUGGAUUUUUACAAAUGUCAAUCAUGAUUGUUUUCUAUCGAGUGAAGAAUUGAGAUAGGCAGCACGAUACUAACAAAUGCAUUCUAUUUAACAUCCUGAGGGUUGUUUGGUGAGCAAGUUCUUGACAGUUGUGCUGAGAACCAAGAAGGACAACCCUGAUGAGGUGGUUCCAGAGGUUUAUAUGGUUUCUGACUAGGGAUAACAAUUGGAGCAAGAUGGGAUAUUCUAGAAUUCUGAAAGAAGAAAGGUGUUGUAAGUUAGAGAGGCUAAAAACGAAUUGGAUGUCUUGCCCUCUUUUGUGUACAAUGGAAAAUCAGUCAAAGAGUUUGAGCCUGACUUCUUUAUUGUGAAUGUUGCUCAUGGAUACAAUCCGAAUUCAAAUUAUAGUAUUCUAAAGUUGUACGAUUUCCCAGUGGAGAACAGAUCUGUAGUAGCUAAAUAGUAAGACUUGAAGACAUUCUUACACAAACACUAAAAGAAACCGAGUCAUCACAGAUUUGCAGAUUUCCAUUUGUUGUUGUACUUGAGCAAAUUGAUUGACAUACAUAGUAUUGCCAACAUAGCGUAGUUUAUAGCCAGUGAAUGUGAGGUACCAAACGAAUUACUUGAUAUUGUGAAGAUGUAUGCAACAGGUGUUUGA